UUGAAUUCGAAGUAAUUUUCUGAGAAUAUCUGUUUGUUGCAAUUUAAUUGAGUUAAUUUAGCAAUCAAAUCAAUUGAUACUUUUCGAGGAAAGAAAUUGAGGGAUUUUUUCGAUGUUUCCGAAAAAUUGAAGAAGCAGGUUGAUACCAUGGAAUCUGAGAAAAAACAAGCUGAAACUAUAUUAUCAGCUACUGCACCAACUCCAGCCAUUACUUCAUGCCGGAAGAAGAAGAAAGAAGAUGCAACUUUCCUCGAGGAUGUGAAGGAACAUAUAAAUGAGUUUGUCAAUGCUUCAAUGGAUGAACACAAGUCAUGUUUUACUAAAACCAUUCAGAAGAUGUUUGGAAUGUCAAAGGUAGUGGCAAAAAGGAGUUCUGAGGGGCAGGAAGUAGAGAGUGUUCUACCACUGGAGACGACAAUUGCAAAGUAGAUCUGAAAACACUUCAUGUAUUAGUAAUCAUCUUUCGCAAAGGUAGAAAAUACGCUUCAGAGGGGAAGCAUACAAAACACAGAAUUGAAGGCGAGAUUAAUGAUAUAACAGUUUCUUUUGAUGUUAGUUAUCAGAGCACCAUGAACUGUACCUGCUGUGUACAGAAUCAUAUACUGUCAUUUGCUUAUUGAAAUAUUCAACUCUUUGCCAAUAUGCUUCCUAUGUAUCUUUUAUCUGAACUUUUGUCGAAAUGUAUGGAUAUUCCUAUUUCUGUUGUUGA